CCUCUCUCCCCAUGAAGAAGAGUCCCCUCCUCCUCCUCCUCCUCCUCCUCCUGCUGCUUCUCCUGCUCAGAGUUCCUGCCUCCAGCUGCCAGGGGGACAGCCAGCCAGCAGCAGGAGGGGAGAACUUACCUAGGUGCACGUCACAGAGGUGUCAGAGGGUAACAAGAUUUCAUGGACCUGGAGGUAAAGGACUUUUGAGAAAGGACCUCUUCAUGGGCCUACGGAAGCCUCAGUGGUGAAGUGGUCCUAUUUUUCCCACUUACUACAUUGUCCUCUCUGCUGCCAUCCUGGAAUCAUCCAUGUGGGUAACUGCUUCGGAGAUAGAGGCCCACUCACCUUGUGUGGACAGCUCUCAGUUCUGCCCAGUAGGAGGUGCUGCAGCGACAGAAGGCCAUUUCUUCUGCUGAAUUUUGAGCUUGGGCUUACCACUUGUGUUCGGAGUCUGGGCCCGAGGAGUGACAGGUUAACAUUCAGCUCAGAGUUCCAGGAGUGCCUUCAGGGGACCAGAGAGCUGAAGGAAAGCUGGCUUUUCUGAAAGUUGCUGCAGUGAGAAGACAUUUAUCAUAUUGAACAAAGACUGAAGAAACUGUAGAAUUAGCAGAAACAUUAGAAAAAGUGGAGAAGUUAGAGGAUGGAGUUGCAGACUCUACAGGAGGCCCUUAAAGUGGAAAUUCAGGUUCAUCAGAAACUGGUUGCUCAAAUGAAGCAGGAUCCACAGAAUGCUGAUCUGAAGAAGCAGCUUCAUGAACUCCAAGCCAAAAUCACAGCUUUGAGUGAGAAACAGAAAAGAGUCGUGGAACAGCUUCGGAAGAAUCUGAUAGUAAAACAGGAACAGCCAGACAAGUUCCAGAUACAGCCGUUGUCGCAGCCUGAAAACAAGCUUACGCCAGCCCAGCAGCAGCCACCACCACCGCUCCCACCUCUGCCACCACUCCCGCAGCAGCAGCAGCAGCAGCAGCAGCAGCAGCAGCAGCAGCAGUACCACCACCAGCAGCAACCAGCUGCCCCCUCUCCUAACCUGACCGCCCCAUCACAGAAGACUGUAACUACAGCUUCUAUGAUCACCACAAAGACGCUACCUCUUGUCUUGAAAGCAGCAACCGCAACCAUGCCUGCCUCUGUUGUGGGCCAGAGACCCACCAUUGCCAUGGUGACUGCCAUAAACAGCCAGAAGGCCGUGCUCAGCCCCGACGUGCAGAGCGCACCCGUCAACCUCCAGACGUCGAGUAAGGUCGCUGGGCCCGGGGCAGAGGCUGUUCAGAUUGUGGCAAAAAACACCGUGACUUUGGUUCAAGCGACACCUCCUCAGCCCAUCAAAGUACCACAGUUCAUCCCUCCUCCCAGACUCACUCCUCGUCCAAACUUCCUUCCCCAGGUCCGGCCCAAACCAGUGGCCCAGAACAACAUCCCCAUCGCACCCGCACCCCCUCCGAUGCUGGCAGCCCCUCAGCUCAUCCAGAGGCCUGUGAUGCUGACCAAAUUCACCCCGACGUCCCUGCCCACGUCCCAGAACUCCAUCCACCCUGUGCGCGUUGUGAAUGGGCAGACAGCGACCAUUGCCAAGACGUUCCCUAUGGCUCAGCUCACCAGCAUUGUGAUUGCCGCUCCCGGGGCCCGCCUGGCUGGGCCUCAGACUGUGCAGCUCAGCAAGCCAAGCCUCGAGAAACAGACCAUUAAAUCGCACACAGAAACAGAAGAGAAGCAGGCAGAAAGUCGAACCGUCACCCCACCUGCUGCACCUAAGCCAAAGCGAGAAGAGAAUCCACAGAAACUUGCCUUCAUGGUAUCUCUAGGGCUGGUGACGCAUGACCAUCUAGAAGAAAUCCAGAGCAAGAGGCAAGAAAGGAAAAGGAGGACAACAGCCAACCCUGUGUACAGCGGAGCCGUGUUUGAGCCCGAGCGUAAGAAGAGUGCAGUCACAUACCUGAAAAGCACAAUGCAUCCUGGGACCCGGAAGAGAGGUCGUCCACCAAAAUACAAUGCGGUACUGGGCUUUGGAGCCCUGACCCCAGCAUCCCCCCCAUCCAGUCAUCCUGACUCCCCUGAAAAUGAAAAGACAGAGACCACAUUCACUUUCCCUGCACCUGUUCAGCCUGUGUCCCUGCCCAGCCCCACCUCCACAGACGGUGAUAUCCAUGAGGAUUUUUGCAGCGUUUGCAGGAAAAGUGGGCAGUUGUUAAUGUGUGACACGUGUUCCCGUGUGUAUCACCUGGACUGUCUGGACCCUCCUCUGAAAACUAUUCCCAAGGGCAUGUGGAUCUGUCCCAAAUGUCAAGACCAGAUGCUGAAAAAGGAAGAAGCGAUUCCCUGGCCUGGGACUUUAGCAAUUGUUCAUUCCUAUAUUGCCUACAAAGCAGCGAAAGAAGAGGAGAAACAGAAGCUGCUUAAAUGGAGUUCAGAUUUAAAGCAGGAGCGGGAGCAGCUGGAGCAGAAGGUGAAGCAGCUCAGCAAUUCUAUAAGUAAAUGCAUGGAAAUGAAGAACACCAUUCUGGCGAGGCAGAAGGAGAUGCACAGCUCCCUGGAGAAGGUCAAGCAGCUGAUACGCCUCAUCCACGGCAUCGACCUGUCCAAGCCCAUGAACUCUGAGGCUGGCUUGGCGGCCGUGCCCAACGGCCCAGACUGCACGCCCCCCGCGCCCGCGGCACCCUCCACGCCGGUGCCCGCGCCCUCGCCGAGCUGCACAGUGAACUGUAACAAGGGUGAAGAGACUAAAUAACGGGGCCCAGCCGAGGGGCUGGCAGUGGGACCCGAGAACGCCAGAAAAGCCGAGCCGGGUUUCUUCUGGGAAGGGCAGGAUUCCUUUGGUUAAAGCUUUGGCUCCAGAGAGAGAAGAUGCUUGUGCCAGGUGGUGCCGGAGUUUGCCAAUCGAUCCUCCUUAUUCUGUGUGUACGUGCAAAGUCUGGACCGCAUCACAUGAAACAGUGCCAGCUGGGGGUGCUUUGCCAGCACCGUGCCAAGUGAAAUAUAUAUUUACUCUCUCUAUUCUACACCAGUGUGUGCCUGCAGCAGCCUCCACAGCCACGCGGGGUUGGGUUGGGUUGGGCUGGGCUGGGGAGCAGGGAAGAAGAGGAGAGAAGGUUUCAGAUCCUUAUUCGCUGAGCAGUUGGUUUAGGUGGGGAAAAGAAGUCCAAAGAGUGUGUGGGCUUUCCUGUUUCUAAACUCUCACGACUGUAAAACCAAAAACAACAAAAAAAGGAAAUCCAGAUUUAAGCAAUCGCAGUGCCCAGAAGGGGCGGGG